AUGGAUGCACAAGUGUCCUCGUCAUCAUCGCAGGUUUUAAAUGAUAACGGCGUUCCACUGAUAGCGACAUCAACAGUGGUUUAUCCAUCGCAUGAAUACGACCAAACCCUAUCUCAACAUAGAGUUCCGAGAAGUGAAGUGAGUUGCGGUUUAUUUUAUUUAUACGUUUAGGUUGUUUCCACGUCUGAAGUAUACAGUUCGAAUAGCCGGCUAGUGCAGCAGAAUACUUUGACCCAAAGAUUGAUGCAAAGGUCAACAAAGCAGCUAAAGAAGUCGCCAAAACUUAGCAAGUCAUACAAACAACCACGUCAUGUGACUUCAGCAAAAGUUAUGGAACUUAGGAAGGCAUUAGAUCUGUCGAAGUACAUUAAGCAAGUUGAGAGUUUGAUAAUGCAACCCAUAAAGUAAGUUGUAGUUUGUUGUAUUUUUGAAGGUUGGUUAUGAGAAGUUUAAUUUAGCGUUUCAGAAUUCCAAGUACAGUCAGUUUCGGCAUGAAUAAGCGCCGAAAGAUGCCGUCAAAACCUAAACAGGAUCUUCUUUCCAUAAAGGUAAAAGAGAAAUGAAUUAUAUGUGAGAGCUGAUUUCCUUCUCAAUAUACUUCAUUUGUAUACUUUGUAAGGAUAUGAGGUGAUUUAUUCAUGUUUUAUUAUAAUUUAGGAUGUUUGGAGGGACGCAGAUCAGCGCAGGAAUGAGAUGAAGGAAUUUUAUAACACCAGAUGUAUAGAUUCGGAUCGAGAAUUUCUUCUGAAUCUUCUGUUGGAUGAAUCCGACGAAGAAUCAGAUUCUGAGCAAAUCACAGAGGAGGACUUUGCCUUCAUGUUAGAACAUCGUCGUGAAGCUAAGAAGUUGAUGAAGGCCUAUCAUCAUGAUUAUCUGAAUACUCAGUAUCAAUAUUAUAGCAGUGGAAUGUUAAGUGAAACUGACAGGUAUAUGGACGCCAAAAGGAAGAUAUUGGACAUACAUGAGGACAUGAUGUUUGAAUAG